AAUACAUGUACAGACAUAUUGUUUGCUUAAGUGUGUUUUUGGUCUGAUAAGAGCAGGAGAAUAAAAUAUAUGUCUUCAAUCGUUUGUUUUGUAGAAUAUUUUGUAUCCUUGUAGUCAGCAUCAAAACUUUAAACUUCAAAACUUUAAACCGAUACGAGUGAUGUCCAUUGACAAAACUGGCUGCUAAUAGUGUUGGGAGGUUUUUGAUUUUAUUGAUUUUCAUAAAAAUAAUUAAAUAAUGGACAAAUCUUCCCAUGAUUUCUCGAAGUUAAUUGGAAGCGUUAGCCUGGAGAAAGAGAUUGAUCCCAUUUGCAUGAGCAUCGACGAUAUGAUAACUCGACUGGAUGAGCUGGAAUCACUUUUGGCCAAUGUCAAGGGCGUAUCAAAUAUAAUUAUAGAUCAGUAUACAAGUGGAGUGUUGACAUUUCUUCCUAAAUUCAUGGAAUUAAAAAGUCGAAUUGAUAAUUUGGAAAAGUUUGUCCAAGUUGUAGACGAUAAUAUGAAUCAAAUGGAAAAGACUAUCGAUUUAGCAGAACAUGAACUCAACGUAACAGACUACAGCCUUAAAGGCUUGAUUUUGAAACCAUUGCUGACGAAAACAUUGCCGAUUUCUACGCCAAAUGGAGAAGAAACGGCAUCAUCGACAAAAUCGGAUGCAAGCAUUGAAUACCAGCCCAUUCAAAUUUUUAACUCAAAGCUAUAUUUUGAUAAUAAAAUUACAAAAAACAAUUAAGCAUUCUGUAGUAUAUUCAUGUCGUCUACCUUGCAUCCCCUCUAAGACUAGCAGUUUUAAUGCAUAGUUAGUAAUUAAGCAUGGUGCAAUUAUGUUUCGACUCAAUCUAAUAAUAACACAGAUAAUUUAAA